GCUCCGCGAGUCCUCCUUUUUGCACACACACGAAUACAAAGAGCCAUACGACCUUCGGAUGCUCCUGUUUCCUUUGGAGCCCCCUCUGUUCCUUAGCUUGGAGCUGUGGGGACUGUGCCUGGGGGCAGGAAGAAUGCCUUCCGCUCUCUGAAACUGUGUUGCUGGGGAAGGCCUUUGUAGGCCCAUCCUUUCGGGAACCAGUCAGCGUGUCUCUGGGUGUGCUGAGUGAGGGCAGCACAGGAUCUGCACAUAGAAGGCCCUCUGCUCCCCAGGCCCAGGGGAGGCAGCCAUGGACCCUGUGCUUCUUCACGGCUUGCCCACUCCUCCUUCACAGAACCCACCCCCGGGUGCCCAGGCUCCUCCGACCACCCUCCAUGAGGGAGGAAAGUGAAUCCCAAGAGGCCAACACUUCCUGCCGUCCAGUCGACUGGGGACACUUUCUGAGCAGUCCAGGAGUGUGAGCGAGGAACUUCCUGCCUUGGCUACCAUGUCCUUCAGUGCCACCAUUCUCUUCUCCCCUCCUGGUGGCAGUGGCGGAGGCGAGACCAGGUGCUGCUGCUGUGCCUGUAAGAGCGAGACUAGUGGGGGCAGCACAGGCUGUCAGGGCGGGAAUCCUCCUUCCAGCACCCCAAUCACAGUGACCGGACACGGCCUGGCCGUCCAGAGUUCAGAGCAGCUCCUGCAUAUUAUCUACCAGCGGGUGGAGAAGGCAGUGGGUCUGGCUGAGGCUGCGCUGGGUCUCGCCCGGGCCAACAACGAAUUGUUAAAACAUCUCCAGGAGGAAGUGGGUGAGCUGAGGCAGGGGAAGGUGCCAGCCCCCGAUGAAGAUGGGGAAAGCCGGCCACAUGGCUCCCCGCUGGAGGAGCCGGGACCCCUCAAGGAGAGCCCCGGGGAGGCCGGCAGGGCCGUGUCCACUGUGGAAGAGGAGUGCGACAGUGUGGGCAGCGGCGUGCAAGUGGUGAUCGAGGAACUGCGGCAGCUGGGAGCGGCCUCGGCCGGGGGCCCUGGGCCGUUGAGCUUCCCGGCUUCCCAGAGAGAUAUGCGGCUCCCGGGAUGCACCCUGGCUGCUGGCGAUGGGCCCCCGAUGCUCAACCCCCUGGUGGAUGAUUAUGUGGCCUCUGAGGGUGCAGUGCAGCGGGUGCUGGUCCCUGCUUACGCCAAGCAGCUUUCACCAGCCACACAACUGGCUAUCCAGAGGGCCACCUCAGAGACAGGGCUGGAAAAUGGAAGCAAGCUGCCACCACCCCGUCCCGAAGACAUGCUCAGUGCCGCCGCGGCCCUGGAAGGUGCCUUGGAAGAGCCAGGCCCUGCAGCAACUGGGGAGCUGAGACACUCUCUAGGGUUUACCCCCUCCCCAUGCAGGACCAGAGGGAGUGGGCAGAAGAACUCCAGGCGCAAGCGGGAUCUGGUCCUAUCUAAAUUGGUCCACAAUGUGCAUAACCACAUCACCAAUGACAAGAGAUUCAAUGGGUCUGAAAGCAUCAAGUCCUCUUGGAAUAUUUCAGUAGUGAAGUUCCUUCUGGAAAAGCUCAAGCAGGAGCUGGUAACCAGUCCCCAUAAUUACACUGACAAGGAGCUGAAAGGAGCCUGUGUCGCUUACUUCCUUACUAAGAGGCGUGAGUACCGCAACUCCUUGAACCCCUUUAAAGGCCUGAAAGAAAAAGAGGAGAAGAAACUUCGAAGUCGUAGAUACCGGCUUUUCGCCAACCGAUCCAGCAUCAUGAGGCAUUUUGGCCCUGAGGACCAGCGCCUGUGGAAGGAUGUGACGGAGGAGCUGAUGUCUGAUGAAGAGGACAGUCUUAAUGAGCCAGGUGUCUGGGUGGCCCGGCCUCCCCGUUUCCGGGCCCAGCGCCUCACGCAGCUCUGCUACCACCUGGACGCCAACUCGAAGCAUGGCACCAAAGCCAACCGCGUGUAUGGGCCUCCCUCGGACCGCUUACCUUCUGCAGAGGCCCAGCUCCUUCCACCAGAACUUUACAAUCCUAAUUUCCAAGAUGAGGAGGAUGAGGGAGGUGAUGAAAAUGGACCUGUCUCCCCAUCUUUUGACCAACCCCACAAAACCUGCUGUCCUGACUUGAACUCAUUCAUUGAAAUCAAGGUGGAAAAGGAUGAGUGAAAUCUGUACCCAAGACUAACUCUGGCAUCUGCCUCUCCCCUGUCCCUGAAACAGGUGGCCACAGGGCAUCCCAGAAUAAUGAGAUGUGUUCAGCAGUCUGAGAAAGCAAACCUGCCUCUCUUCUUAACACGGUCUCCACUGGAAGUGGAAGCUGGCAGCUCUGUUGGGAUAAAAGGAUUUAUCUCCAAGGGGGGGAAAUUCCCCCCACUGUGAAUGGCAAGCCAGAAAAUGCUUAUUCCUAAGCAUGAACAGUGCCUCGGACGAGCCUGGGAUGAGAAAAGGAGAAGGAUGGGUGGGUCAAAGAAACAUAAGGCCUUCUUGACAUAUGUACCCUGAUCUCAGUUGGUUCCCUCCUCCCCAGUUUCACUCAAAGCCCUGGGAAAGCAGCCCUGGUCACACCUUCUAUGGCCCAACUGCUGGUCUUGUUCUGCAGUGGCAGCCGCACAGGACCAGGUCAGGGUCAUACUGCCACCUGGUGGACAACUUCAGUCAUGGGCUUGAUUUUUCUGAGCAGAACACAGGCUGCAUCCCUAUUUGGGAAUUGGGAUCUAGGUGUAAUAGCUAUUGUUUAUUGAAUUAUAUAAGGAAGCUUUUAUUAUUCCCAUCUUACACAUGAGAAAAUUAAGACUUAAAGAGGUCCCCCAUCUCACCAACAGCUGCUUUUCCACCAUGUGGCUAAGCAGUAUACAUGGCUUGGUAGCUAUUUUUUAGUCCUGUCAGCCAAGCUGUAUUUUGAAGAAGUGGUGUGUGUGUGUGUGUGUGUGUGCGCGCGCGCACACAAGAGUGCACAUGCAGAAUGCACACACAUUCACAUACGAAAUGUGUGCAUUUUAGGUGGAUUGAGAAGUAAACCAGCUUUCUAUUACUUCUACUUACUAGGGGUCUGACGGUACCAUCUAGGAGCUCUGGACAUACUGUUGAUCGGGUUAGAUGUUGAUCAGAAGUUUUACUGUCUAGUCAGGAAGCCAGGCAUUUAAAAAGGCAAUAAAGUGAAAAUUGUGACAGGGUGAUGGGGGAGUGUAGGGUGCCAUGGCUCUGUAUUGCAGGGGUAGCUAACCUGCUCUGGUGGUCUGGGAAGGCUUCUCAGAGAGAGCGGUACUUAAAUUGAUACCUGGGAGUUCCCAUCAUGGCUCAACGGAAACGAAUCUGACUAGUAUCCAUGAGGGCGCAGGUUCGAUCCCUGGCCUCACUCAAGUGGGUUAAGGAUCCAGUGCUGCCAUGAGCUGUGGUAUAGGCUGCAGACACAGCUUGGAUCUGGCAUUGCUGUGGCUGUGACAUAGGCCAGUGGUUACAGCUCUGAUUUGACAUCUAUCCUGGGAACCUCCAUAUGCCCUGGGUGCAGCCCUAAAAAGAAAAAAAAAGGAAUUUCCGUCAUGGCCUAGCAGUUAACAAACCCAACUAGCAUCCAUGACGAUGUGGGUUCAGUCCCUGGCCUCGCAUAGUGGGUUAAGGAUCUGGCGUUGCCAUGUAGCUUGGAUCUGGCGUUGCUGUGGCUGUGGUAUAGGCCAGCGGCUACAGCUCCAGUUGGACCCCUAGCCUGGGAACCUCCAUAUGCAGAGGGUGAAGCCCUAAAAAAAACAAAAAAAAAUUUAAUUGAUACCUAAAGUGGUAUUUAAACCAGAAGGGAAGGAGAGGCCAAGAGAGUUUUCCAAACCUAGGGAACUGCAGGUACAAAAGUCCACAGGCAAGAGGGAGCACAGACAAGGUGCAAUUCUACUGCAGAGCUGUUUGGGGAGGUGUGUGUGUGGGGGGGGGUGAUGCUGAGAGAAGAGACUGGAGAGGUAGAGAGACCCUGUGAAAUACUUUAAAAGUAUAGACUCUAAUUCAAGGGCAGUGAGCAAUCACUGAUAGGUUUUAAACAGGGAAAUAUGAUCCUCAGGGUAUGAGAUGGAUGGGAGGGAGAAAGCUUCAGCAGGGAGACUUUUGCAGUGGUCCAGGAGAGAAGAGAUGGUGGUGUGUGUGUGUGUGCGUGUGUGCGUGUGUGCGUGCGUGCGUGCGUGCGUGCAUGUGUGUGUGUGUGUGUGUGUGUGUGUAUGUGUAGUGAUGUUGAUGAGGGAAGGACAGAUUUGAAAGAUAAUUUGGAAGCAGAAUUGACAAGACUUGGUGAUAGGCCUUGGUGAUAGGAUUUGAGGUUAAGGGAGGGGGACAUAAGGUCAAUAUUCAGAUUUCUGGCUUAAGUAGCUAAGUGGUUAAUGGCGCCAUUUGCUCAGGAAAUGCUGGAGGAGCCAGUUUUGGGAGGCAGGGAAGGUGAGGUCAGUUUAGGGUGUUGUGUACCUUUGAGACAACCAAGUAGAGGUGCUAGUCGUCAGCUGAGUUUUUAAGUCCAAGAGAGUCUAGGCUAGAGAUACGGACUGAGGAGUCAUCUGUGUAUAUAGAGCCUAAAGUCCUGGGGAGGGAGAAUAGGGCCUGUGGAGCUCCUGGCUCUAGUUCAGCCUAUAGAGUGGUUACCCCGAGGUCAUGAGCACUGCUGGCACCUGCCCUAUCAGAGUGUCCCCCUUUCACUUGUGUCUGCUUCCUGUCAUCCCCUGAACACCCAAGUUCUUGAUCCCAACUGUGCCUACUACUGCCACUACCAGCUCCCGGAUGGGCCUCCUUUAAUGGCAUCUCAACUUUUCAUAAGAUUUACUCUCCCAUUCUAACGCCAAAGGAGCAAAGCUCCCAAAUGUUAGAAAAUGUAGGUAAUUGGAAGGAAGCAUCCAGGUUCUCCUUCCCCAUGGGGAGACAGGAAAGGAGGGAGAAGCUUAUGGCUGAUUCUGAAGAUGGCACGCAACAGCAGGUUCUGGAUGCAACCUGAGAGCUCCCCUGGGUUACUAAUGCUUUCAGUCCUCCUUGCUUCCACCCUAAGAGUAAACUCUCCUCUGGAUCAGAGAGAUGCUGUAGCCCUGACCAGGGAAAGAGGCUGAUUCUCAGGAGAGAUGAGGGCAGGGAGACAAUGCAGCUAGGGCAGAGAAGCCAAACAGUUUGUGCCAAAUUAAUUUCCCCAAAGAUAUUAACCUCCUUUCCUUCCCCUUUCCCUAAGGCCACACUAAGAUUGUAAAAGGUGUUCAGAAUGUUGAAGUGAAAAUAAUAUGCAUGAUUUGUUUGCA